AUGCCAAACGGCGACAUUGUUAGCGGAUGUUCGGAUGGCGUUGUACGGGUUUUUAGCUCGAGCGAGGGCCGCUGGGCAUCGGCGUCCGAACUGAAAGAGUACGAGGACUAUGUCGCUAACCAGGCUCUACCAUCGCAACAAGUGGGAGAUGUUAAAAAGAGUGACUUGCCAGGCCUUGAAGCACUCAACGAUCCUGGAAAGAAGCCUGGUGAAGUUAAGAUGGUGAAGAAUGGUGAUAAAGUCGAGGCUCAUCAGUGGGACGCAAGUAGCUAUACAUGGCAAAAAGUGGGAGAUGUGGUCGACGCGGUGGGACAAGGGCGAAAGCAACUAUAUCAGGGUCGGGAAUACGACUACGUCUUCGAUGUUGAUAUUCAAGACGGUGUGCCGCCUCUGAAACUUCCGUACAAUGUGACAGAAAACCCUUAUGCCGCGGCGCAAAGAUUUUUGGAGAGCAACGAUCUUUCGCUAAACUAUAUCGAUGAGGUCGUGAAGUUCAUUGAGAAGAAUACCUCUGGUGUCAAACUCGGAGCCGGUGGAGAUGAAUACGUCGAUCCUUUCACAGGCGCAUCACGAUACCGAAGUGGGGCCCCCACUCAAGCUCCCCCAAGUACUUAUAUGGAUCCUUUUACUGGUGCCUCUCGUUAUACUGGGGCACCAUCACAACCUUCUGUUCAGACCACAGCACCAGUCUAUCAGGACCCUUUUACAGGAGCGUCAAGGUACUCAGGAGCAAACAGCUCUCAGCCUACAUCACAAUCAAUAACCUCGUCCUCGGCGAAACUUGAAGUUAAACCCGUUCUCCCAAUGCGUCAAUGCCUUCUCAAUAUGCAAGCAAACGUGGAUGGAAUGCGUUCCAAGGUUUUCCAUUUUGAUGAUGUCCUACGAAACGAAAUAUCAACCUCUGUCCUCGCUAUGUAUCCUGAAGAGAUAUCGACCAUAGACGAUAUUUUUUCCUAUCUUGCUCAUGCUGUCAAUAAUCCUUCUUCACCCCCACCUAAUUCACCCAACACUGCAAGUGUAGAAGCGGUUAUACAAAUCGUUGACCGAUGGCCUAGAGACCAACGGUUUCCUGUCAUCGACCUUAGUCGUUUACUUGCCGGACAUUGUCCUACCGCUUUCGAGGCUCCUGGAGUCAGGAGCCGUUUUCUGGAAACACUUGUUAAAGCCGCCGAAUGGAACGCUCCCUGGACAGCCCCAAUUCCCAAAGUUCGACAGACGAAUUCGUAUCUGAUGCUACGGGCGCUCGCCAAUAUAGUCCAGCAUGCCUCAGUCGCUGAUGGUACCUUCCUUGGAGAACUGUUCAUCGUUCUGGAUCGGGCACCGCACGAGAUGCUUACACUGCAACAACGACAAACGGUUAGCACUUUAUUGUUCAAUGUGUCGACUGUUUAUCUCCAAACCCCUUUUGAUGAAUCACAUCGUGAUCAGCACACUGCGCUAGUUCUGCGAGUGUUGCAGAAGGAGAAAGAAGACUCGGAAACGAGGUACCGGGCGUUAGCUGCGCUUGGUAAUGUGUUGUAUGCUAUGAAAACGAUUUCGAGCUCUUCACCGACACAAGUCCAAUCGACGGAAAUAUCUACCACGCUCGAAUCUCUCCCUGAAUCUUUUGUGAACGAAGAACGAGUUCGACAUCUUCUUCAGCAGACUUUGUCUUUUCUGUGA